AUGGUAAAGCCUUAUUCGGAACCAGAACUGGUAAAAUCAAAGGACACUGAUGCUAAAAAAGAAAAAGAUGACAAACAGUGCAAGGAGGAUAAAGUGAAAGUGAAUGCAGAAAAAGCAAAAAAAAGUGUUCCAAAGUAUGCAAAGUAUGUGAAUGACAUUAUUGUAAACAAAAACCGCUUGACUGAAUAUGCUGCAGUUGUACUUACUGGGGAGUGCACUUCCAAAAUUCAAAAUAAUUUUCCCAUAAUGCUGAAAGAUCUAGAAAUAUUUACCUUGCAGAUUACCAUAAGUCAAUCCAUCAGCACUAGAGGUUUAUGUGAUUUAGGGGCAAGCAUCAAUCUAAUGCCCACAUCUUGGUAUAGAAAGAUGGGUCUUGGGAGUCCCAAACCCAUGACUAUUAUUUUACAAUUAGCUGACAAGUCUUUUUCUAGGCCUGACGGGAUCAUUGAAGAUGUAUUGGUGCAAGUGGGAUCUCUUAUUUUUCCAGUGGAUUUUGUUGUUCUUGACUUUGAUGUUGAUCCUCCUGUUCCAUUUCUUGCUAUAUAUGCAGAAUUUUCUACUAUUAUAGUAGUCAACCUUGAGUCUGCACGUCAAUUUUUAAUAUCUAAUGACCCACUUGAGCGAGUUUUAAUAGGGUGUGAUCUCUAUGGUGAUAUUGAGGCACUUGAAAUGGUGCAAAUUGUGGAUUUAGCAUUGAUUGACAAUAGAGUCACUGAGCUUAAAUCAUUGAAUAGACCGAUUGGACCAUCUCCAAAGGCGUCUAUUGAUGAAGCACCUAAACUAGAGCUCAAGGAUUUUUAUCCUAAUUUAAAAUAUGUUUUCCUUGGUGAGAGAAGCAGUAGUAGUUUUGAAAAGAAGAAUGAAGGCAAUCGAAUGGCAGAUGUCGAACAUCACAGGAAGCAAUCCAGCCUUCCAUAUGCACAAAAUACAUAUGGAAGAGGGAUACAAAGCGAGUGUACAAUAUCAGUGCAGACUGAAUUCAGUGAUGAAAAAAGUGGUCAGAAAGGAAGUAAUAAAGUGGCUUGA